AUGAAUGUUACGGUUCUGCUCGUGCUGGCCUUCGCGUUCGCGAUACAAGCGGCGCCGUUAAGAGGCGGGCGCGGAAUGUCGGGAAAGCUGCAGCAGCAAGAGGCGGGGUACAUCGAAAUACCGCAAGACGACGACGCGGCGCGCGCCAACGAGCUGCCCUCUUUCGCACGGUCCAUGGAGCUAUAUCGGGCGUGGGAGCGGAUCUACGGACUCGAAGACCCCGCGCUGCCGCCCGCGCGCAUCGCGCUGCCGCCCAACGUACCGCGCGCGCCGCACCUGGAGGACUGCUCGGCGCGCAGCGCGUUCCGCCGGCAGACGGAGGCGCUCGGAGCGCACGGGGAGGCACCCGCGUGGACCAGCGCGCCGAGCGGGUGCCGCUACCCGCAACCGCCUUGGGUGCGCGGAUCGGACGCCGCCAAUCUCGCCGGGACACGCCAGGCGCAAGCCGACAUCUGGCUGCACCAGUUCCCUGCGCGCUCCCCCUCCGCAUCUGCGCAAGCCGCCAGGGGGGGGUGCAACGGGCGGCGCCUGCUGGUGGUGCCGUGGCCGAGCCGCAACCACGGCAUCGGGUCGCAGAUCCACAUCAUGAGCGCGUGGCUGAACCUCGCCUUGUCGCACGAUCGCAUUCUGGUUCCCACGCCCGGGUCGUUUUCCCGCGCCAACCACUCGCACUGCACUGGUGUAGAUAAGGGCUCCUUCUCCUGCUACUUCUUUCCGCUCGUCUCCCCCUCCUGCGUCGAGGCAGCGCUUGGAGCCAUAGCAGCAGCAGGGCCAACAGCGAGGGGGGAAGUGCGGGAAGUGGUGAUGGGGGGAGGGGUGAGCGUGAUAGCGACGAGUCCCUUGCACAUGGCUGCAGAGAAAGUGGUGGCUCUGAUAGCGUCUGAUAGGCACGUUCUGCUCUUCACUGAAUCAGCCUUCCCCCUGCAUGCCACGGCGCUUGCUGCCAGGCAGUGGGGCACGGCAUUCCUGGAGAGCAGGGGGGACGCGGAGGUGAUGGCGCUGAGCGUUCUAGCCCUCUCACGUGCGCCCAUUCCGAACCCCCCUCCCAUUUCCCUCCCAUCAGGCAGUGGGGCACAGCAUUCCUGGAGAGCAGGGGGGACACGGAGGGGGUGGGCGGGGAGCGUGCAUGUGAGGCAGGGCGACAAGGCGGUCGAGAUGGAGCUCUCCUCCUUCGCCUCCUACAUGUUCCUCGCCCACCGCCUCCGCUCCCACACUCCGGAUCUGCAGUACGCCUGGCUCAGCACUGAGAUGGAGGUGAGUGGGUCGGAUAAGAAUGAGGGGGAAUGA